AUGUGUUUGUUGAAUAUAUUGAGUGGUGCAGGAGAUGAAGCGGUGGCACAAUCAACUCGUGCUUGUGGGAAGAUGGAGUACAUGCCUAAUUGCCAAGAGAAGCCUAUUUGUGCUGGCAAAAAUAUGGCAAGACUGCUGGAGCAGCUCGUGGCUAUUGCGGUGGUAAUAUGCAUGUGCCUUUUCCCCUGUAUUUAA